GGCAGGGGGUUCGGCCCGGGCUCGGUGCUACACUGGCCCGCCAGACCGUCCCACACCUGCCACCAUCCGAUGGGUCCGCUGCCUUUGUGCCAGCCAGUAGGGCUGUCGCUGCUGCUGCUACUGGGACCCGUACUCUGGCUCAGCGCAGCUUCCCAGAGGUCACAUGUGCACCGACGUGGGCUCAUAGAACUGGCAGGGACUGUGGAAUGUGCUGGCACCCGCUCCUCCAUGGCCUAUGUGAACUACGGCUGCUAUUGUGGGCUGGGCGGCCAUGGCCAGCCGCUGGACGCCGUUGACUGGUGCUGUCAUCACCACGACUGCUGCUACAAUCGUGCCGAGGAUGCUGGCUGCAGUCCCAAGUUGGAGCGCUACUCCUGGCAGUGUGUCAAUCACAGCAUCCAGUGUGGACCAGCGGAGGACAAAUGCCAAGAACUCAUGUGCAAGUGUGACCAGGAGGUUGCUAGCUGCUUAGCCCAAACUGAGUACAACCUAAAGUACCUCUUCUACCCCAGUUUCUUAUGUGGGACGGACUCACCCAAGUGUGACUGACUAGCCUGACUUGAAAUGUCUUUUUUUGCACUAGGAAAUAAAACUCC